AUGGUGUGGGUGCCUCUGAGGACCACGAGGACUGACCGCUGGGCCCCCCUGCGUGCACCCACCACCCGCUGCACCACCAUGUCUUUGGAGUGGCUGAUGGGCUGGAGCUGGUCCCUGGACGGACUCCGGGAUUUCAUCGCCACUGGCAUCCAGUCUUUCCGAGACUGCGACGCCACCGCCCUCGCCGCCGUCGCCUGCCUCCUGGUCCUCUUCGUGUGGUACUGCUACCACGUGGGGCGGGAGCAGCCCCGUGCCUACGCCACCGUCAACGCCCUGAUGCAGAGCGCCGAGGCCAACGGCGUGCAGAACGGGUACGUCUACUGCCACUCGCCCGAGUGCGUGCGCUGCACGCACCACGACGGGCUCAACCAGAAACUCUACCACAACCUGCAGGAGUAUGCCAAGCGCUACUCCUGGUCUGGCAUGGGCAGGAUCCACAAGGGCAUCCGUGAGCAGGGCCGCUACCUCAACAGCCGGCCGUCCAUCCAGAAGCCAGAAGUCUUCUUCUUGCCGGACUUGCCACCCAUGCCCUAUUUCUCCCGGGACGCUCAAAAGCACGACGUGGAGUUGCUGGAGCGCAACUUCCAGACCAUCCUGUGCGAGUUUGAGACCCUCUACAAAGCUUUCUCAAACUGCAGCCUCCCACAAGGAUGGAAAAUGAACAGCACGCCCAGCGGGGAGUGGUUCACCUUCUACCUGGUGAACCAGGGCAUGUGCGUGCCCAGGAACUGCAGGAGAUGCCCACGGACGUACCGCUUGCUCGGGAGCCUCCGCACCUGCAUUGGCAACAACGUCUUUGGGAACGCGUGCAUCUCCGUGCUGAGCCCGGGCACCGUCAUCGCCGAGCACUACGGACCCACCAACAUCCGCAUCCGCUGCCACCUAG